AUGGGCCAGGGAGAGCCCUGUUAUGAUGACAUUACGACCAAGCUGCCUGCCGUCUGUCCACUGCAUGUCCACUCUCAUGGCACUGCACACUUGUCCACCCAUCUAGGAAUGACUUAUGGAGGCGGCAGGUUUAGGACCGUUCCGACAUCGUUAGAUGGGUUCGCCUUCAUUCUAGCCAGCGACGGCCGGUUCUUGUACAUCUCGGAGACCGUCUCCAUUUAUCUGGGGUUGUCACAGGUGGAAAUGGCCGGCUCAAGUAUUUUCGAUUACGUGCAUGUGCAGGACCAUAGCGAGCUCGUUGAGCAACUAGGGAUGUGUCUCGUCCCAGGUCCGUCUAACAGUCCCACUGGCUCUGGCUCUGACGACGGCUCUUCGCCCGCCACACCUAGACCUACGUCACCAGCUGAGAAAGGGUACAUGAUGGUUCGCGGUUCUGACAACAACGUGGCCAAGUCAUUCUCUCUACGAAUGAAGUCAACACUUACGAAACGUGGCGUGCACGUCAAGACAUCAGGUUAUAGGAUCUUGGAGGAGAAGACAUUCUGGGCUCUUCUUCAGAAGCAGCAGGAGCAGGACUGGGAGCAGCAACAGCAGCAGAAGUAUCCAGAAGUUUUGAGCAAAGGUCAGGCCCUCACGGACUACUAUCGCAUCAUUAACCGCCAGGGGGGCUUUGUUUGGGUCCAAACCUGUGCCACAACGCUACUGCACAGCAAGGCGGGAGAUGACCAGAGCAUAUUAGCCAUCAACUACGUGGUUAGUGGUGUGCAAGGGAAGUCCUGUCCUCUUGACCUCUGGCAGGUGACUGGUGACGUCAGUUCAGCUCAAAGCAGUACGUCCAACAGCCGAAGUCGUGAGGAAAAACUAAGGGACUUGAAGGCCAGCAAACCUCCAGGUAACAAAGCCACACCUCCUAAACUGCCCCUAACAGUAGUAACGUCAUCCAAAGUGACGAGUGAGACCGGGGAGGCGGCGUUACGAGGCGAAAGGCGGGGCUUGACUCCUCGUGAUGACACACCCUCCGCGGCGCUGGACCUGUCGCCCAGACACGGCCCCACCCAUUCUCCUGAGGACGGGGACGAGUCUCCAACUAGCAAGUCGCCAGCCGUGACGUCAGCUGACGGUAAAAACAAAAGGAGGAAAAUGGAGAACCCACGGAAACGGAAGCGAAGCAGCAGCGACCCCAUUGACUUCAGCAAAAACUGUGACGUAGCGCUCAAUUUGACAAGACCGACAGAGGAUAGUUCAAGCAGUAUUGCGCCCUUGGACCCUGAGUGUGCAUUGACGAGCGGGGCUGCGGAUGAGGACACAGUGAUGCCAGGUAAUCGUGGAAUUCCCGAACCGGGGUCAGUGGUCUCUGGAAAGAGCAACACUGUGACAUCAUCAGCCCCAGAGGACUUAUCAAUGAAGCGUGGAGCUGAAAAGUCACAGGAGAGGAACAUUAUCCAACACUCGUCAACGUCUGUGCGCGGGACACCUCCAGCGCUGAAGAGGGUCGACAGAUCAGCAGACGUUACCCACUCCCCGAGUCCCGUCUCCAUGACAACAGGCAGUUCGGUGCUAGAUCUGGAAGCAGCCAUGAAUCGACACUUACCGGUCUCCGCCGUGCCCACGUCAUCAGUUCUGGGCUUUGGUUCUCACGGAGAGUCCAUGCACCCCAAUAUCGGCAUGUCCACCAUGUCUGCAGGGGGAGUUAAGCCUUACCCUGCAAACUCUGGCCUCCCACCCCACAGUAACUCCCCUUGGAUCACGAACUCUCGCGGUACGGGACCGGAUAUGCUAACAGCAUCCAACUUCCUGCGCAGUCUGUACGCUAGCCGAGAGUCUGUCAUCAAGACAAGCUCCAGAUCUCAGCAGCAAUAUGUGAACUCGGAACCUCCGACUAGCCUAUUAACACCCCCAGAACCCGACCCUUCGACAUACAGAGACCCUAACAAUAUAUACUCUUAUCCCAAACACGACUCGCUGUCCUAUGACAAGAACGUCAACGCCUCCUACGAUCUCAGAGACCCCACCCAUAAUCACAAAGACUCUGCCCACAAAGAUCAGCUGCCUCUCCUUCCGUACAAAGACCACCACCUUUCACCUGCCUACAUGGACCACAUAUCUUCCAGCAUGUACAAAGAUCACAUCUCCUCCCAGUACAAAGACAUCAUACCAGCCUUCACGAUCCCGAGUCUGAUGAGUCCUGCAGGUGGGCGUAAACAGCCGCAGUACCCGACCCUACCCACGCCCUUCCCCGUUCCUCUAACUCCCGGAUUGGCUGACGCAUGCAGCAUGACUCCUCCCUCCUCCAACUCACCAGACGCUACAAGCCACGCCCCUCACCCAUCCGCACAACAGUUUGAUGGGCCUUCUCUCUACGGAGGGAUGGACCUAAACGCCACUGCCGCAGGCUGUGGACUGUCUCAAAAACACCUGACUGACAGUUCCAUGCCACCGUCUUCAUCCCCUUCUGUCAACAAUAUUUACCACCACACAGUCAAACCCCACAAAGACCAAUUUUUCCCCACUCCAUCUUCCAGCGAUCUUGUCAAGGGAGGCUAUUACGGAAUGCCCGCACCAGCCCCUGGAACUAUGUAUAUGGACCUAUCCCAAACCUCUGCCGCUGGUCAGUACGACACGUGCGCUAGACCUAUAUUACCGUGGUAUUAGGCUGACACAGACGUGACACAAACAAAGAAAGUUAGUGUACUGCAACUUAACACAUCCUCUACAGAAGGCAUAAGAUGGAACUUUAACAUUUGAAACACUGAGGCCAUUUUGCACAGUAUAUCAAACAGUGGCUGCGCACAGUUAGCUCUUCACUGCGAGGUUUAGGCGUGCCGCUUGCCGAAAUUGUCAGUAAAGUUGACAACGGUACUGGUGAACCAAGCUGGAUCAAAACGUGUGCGCGUCUUCGGACACAAAGCUUUAUAGAGAGUUUUUCAUGUUUCUCUCUCAUUCUGUCAUCCCUUCUUGUUAGAGGGGGACAAUGCUUUGGAAGUCUUGCAUGUUUAAGGCUCAACGUUGUGUUAAAGACAAACUAUAAAUCUCGAGGAUAUACAGAUAAAGGGAUUUUGUUUUCCCUGGUUUCUGUCUUCGCCGAAGGAUGCUGCAUUUCAAAGUGUGGUCCCUGCCUGUGGUAUUUCCCGUAUCAUCGUAUGUCAUACAAUUUUAUUGUUUUCACUAGUCAUAAACUAGUCACGCUGUGACCUGUCUUUAGUGAUUUCGGUGCAGGCUGAUUUUCUGGACUGAAAUCAAAGUGACUUCUUCCAAAUGUAUAAAUAACAUAAUUAGUUCUUUUAAAAUGAGAACAUGAGAGGAACGUGGAAUAGACUCUCUGGGAUAUUGCCUUUAUGUUGCUUAACAAGUUUUCACAAGGUAAUAGUCAUUUACUAGUGUAGAAAUACACAAUACAAAUAUUACUGA